AUGUGCUUACUGCCUCCCAUGUGCUUUACUGGCCUCCAUGUGCUUACUGCCUCCCAUGUGCUUACUGCCUCCCAUGUGCCUUACUGCCUCCCAUGUGCUUACUGCCUCCCAUGUGCUUACUGCCUCCCAUGUGCUUACUGCCUCCCAUGUGCUUACUGCCUCCCAUGUGCUUACUGCCUCCCAUGUGCUUACUGCCUCCCAUGUGCUUACUGCCUCCCAUGUGCUUACUGCCUCCCAUGUGCUUACUGCCUCCCCCAUCAUGCACUCCCAUGUGCUUACUGCCUCCCAUGUGCUUACUGCCUCCCAUGUGCUUACUGCCUCCCAUGUGCUUACUGCCUCCCAUGUGCUUACUGCCUCCCAUGUGCUUACUGCCUCCCAUGUGCUUACUGCCUCCCAUGUGCUUACUGCCUCCCAUGUGCUUACUCUGCCUCCCAUGUGCUUACUUGCCUCCCAUGUGCUUACUGCCUCCAAUGUGCUUACUGCCUCCCAUGUGCUUACUGCCUCCAUGUGCUUACUGCCUCGCCUGGCUUACCCUGCCUCCCAUGUGCUUACUGCCUCCCUGUGCUUACUGCCUCCCAUGUGCUUACUGCCUCCCAUGUGCUUACGCCUCCUGUGCUUACAUGCCUCCCAUGUGCUUACUGCCUCCCAUGUGCUUACUGCCUCCCAUGUGCUUACUGCCGUCCCAUGUGCUUACUGCCUCCCAUGUGCUUACUGCCGUCCAUGUGCUUACUGCUCCAUGUGCUUACUACUGCCUCCCAUGUGCGUUAA